UCUUGUAAUUACCUAUAAUGAAAAAGAAUAUAUAUGUGUAACUUAAUCACUUUGCUGUACACCAGAAAUUAACAACAUUGUAAAUCAGCUAUACUUAAAUUUUUAAAAAAAGCCUAGAGAGAAAAAAUAUUUAAAGAAAUAAAAACAAAGACAGACCUUCCCACUAUUAAAUUACCCUCUCCUCUUCUGUCUUCUCCCCACCACCCGGUUCUCUCUUCCUUUCCCAGCUGUGCUCCAUGCUUAUUCCAGCAGCUGGUGCACCAACACUGGAGUCAUUCAGCUGAAGUCCUGGGGCAUCUUUACCCUGAAAUAAACACAGUAGCCAGCUAGUAGCUGGUGAAUCAUCCAGUCAGUGUAUGUUUCCCAUCCAGGGUGCCCCUUCGGGGGAUGGAGGAGACAAUACAGAGAGAGAGAGGCUUUAUGCCUUAGACUUCCUGUCUUGUUGGAAAUCUGAGUGCUGGAUGAAAUGUCAGAGACCAGUUUUUCUAACCCACUCACCCAACAGCAAUAGCUUCUAUGUAGUGCACGUUCUGUGUCAUUUUGGAGUCUCAAACUAGUUGUGAGGUGGGCAGGGCAGGACCUCUCACCCUUUAACUGAAAUGAAACCAGUGGAGAUCUGCCCACCCAGCCGGGCAGUCUCAGGGGCCCGAGGUGAGCUCAGUCUUGAGUGACAGACUCAGUACUCUUGUCAUCUUGGCUCACAGCCUUCUGAGGUCCCUCAGCACGAGUGUCCUCCACAAGAGAUCCCACCAGGGAUGACCCAGCCUCUGUCUGAGCACCAGCCACCACAGGAAGGACUCCCAGCCUCCCGACUUCCUGGCACAGACCCGCCACUUUGAGCUCUUCCAGUCCUUGCUUAGGUGGAGAUGAACUCUCCCUCCCUAGCUCUCCCUUCCUCAGUCAGAAUUGACGUGUGUGAAUAUGAGCCCUGAAGCAGGGGGGCCUGGGAAGCUUUUCUUUCCCACCCUCUCACCGGGUCAAGGCUUGGCAAGGCGGUUCCGCGUGCCUGGCCUCCCUGGCUGGGACAGGCAGCCUCUGUGCCUGCAGGGACUUCAGCAGCAGGACUUCUGAGCCAUCCACAGCUGCACUGACCACUCCCGUCUGAGCCCAGUAUUUAAGGCCGGCGCACCCUGGCCAGCUGUGAGUCACGGCAACGGGAAGGCAGCGGCAGCUCCACUCACCCCAGCAUCUAGCGCCCUGCGGGAAGGGCCUGUUCCCCCCACCAUGGCUUCCCGGGGGCAGGUCAUCUUCUGGAGCAUUAUUAGCACCACCAUUAUUCUGGCUGGAGCAAUUGCACUUAUCAUCGGUUUUGGUAUUUCAGUUUGCAAAUCAAGUUCACAUCCAUUUGAUUUGAUCCUCACAAGAGCACUUUACGGAAGACACUCCAUCACAGUCACUACUCUCACCUCAGCUGGGAAUACUGGGGAGGAUGGAAUCCUGAGCUGCACUUUUGAACCCGACAUCAAACUUUCUGAUAUCAUGAUACAGUGGCUGAAGGAAGGUGUAAUGGGCUUGGCCCAUGAGUUCAAAGAAGGCAAAGAUGACCUGUAGGACCAGCAUGAAAUGUUCAGAGGUCAGACAGCAGUGUCUGCUGAUCAAGUAAUAGUUGGCAAUGCCUCUCUGAGGCUGAAAAAUGUGCAACUCACAGAUGCUGGUACCUAUAAGUGUUACAUCAUCACUUCUAAAGGCAAGGGGAAUGCUAACCUCGAGUAUAAAACUGGAGCCUUCAGCAUCCCAGAAGUGAACGUGGACUGUAACGCCACCUCAGAGAGCUUACGAUGUGAGGCUCCCUGAUGGUUUCCCCAGCCAACAGUGGUCUGGGCAUCCCAAGUUGACCAGGGAGCCAACUUCUCAGAAGUCUCCGACACCAGCUUUGAGCUGAACUCUAAGAAUGUGACCAUAAAGGUUGUAUCUGUACUCUACAAUGUCACGAUCAACAACACAUACUCCUGUAUGAUUGAAAACAACAUUGCCAAAGCCACAGGGGAUAUCAAAGUGACAGACUCUGAGAUUAAAAGGCAAAGUCACCUCCAGCUGCUGAACUCAAAGGCUUCCCUGUGUGUCUCUUCUGUUGCCAUCACCUGGGUACUCCUGCCUCUCUGCCCUUACCUGAUGCUAAAAUAAUGCACCUUGGCUACACAGAAACAUGCAGAGUCACUGGUACGACAGAUGAUGUUCAUCCUUGAAUGGUCCAGGAAAAGAUAGACCUCUCAUCUUCACUGUGUGUGAUAUCCUGCCAUCACAGGGUUUGAGGCUUCUACUUCAUAUCCUGCAUGGACAGUGACAACCUCAGCUUUCACCAGCAUCUACAGCGGUGGGACACAACCAGGUGACUUUGCACCACCUCAGGGGACACUUGGAAAUUCUGGAGACAAUUUUGUUGUCACAACUUGGAGGUGCUACUGGCAUCUAGUGGAUAGAACCCAGGGAUGCUGCUCAACAUCCUACAACAUACAGGCCAGCCACCCACAACAAAGAAUUAUCCAGCCCCAAAUGUCAAUCGUGCUGAGAAUUAAGAAACCCUCAUGUAGAGUAGAAAAGGAUCUAGAAAACAGGGGAGCAAACAAACCUGUUUGCUUCCUAAAAUUAGGCAUUAGUUUCUCUCUCUUUGGCUGCUGCCUCAGCACAGAGAGCCAGAACUCAGUUUCAGGCAACCAGGAAUUCCUGAUGGAUUAUCUUCAGCUGGUUGAGCUUCUACGUUCCUUUCCUUUCUUUCUACUCUACAAAUCAAGUCCUGUGAGAGAGCUGCCUGAGUUCCAUCACAAGUUCUCUCAGGCUGAAUUUAGAUCUCAGCACACUGCCUAGUCAAAAUUCAAAUUAAGGCAGCAAAAACAUGUAACUUCCUUGAAACAGAUUUCUGAAAGCAGGGGCAAUGAACCUUUGAAGUGAGGCCCUGAGGAAUGAAACUUUGAUGGAAAAGAAUGUUUUCUUGCCAGGCCCCUUCCCACACUUUUUGCAUGUUGACCACUGCCUCCCUGGCACUUUGGACCUACUGUGCCUGUAUUACAUUUUGUUAUAGAAAACUUCAUUUUAGAGUUCUGACCAUUCAAAAGAAUGAUUGAAUAUACAUUUCCUAUGCUGUUGUCUGCCUAGUUUGCCAAAGAACGCGAGUAUAAGGGAAAAUGGAUAAAAAGCCAUACAUCAGGUUUUAAAGAUUAGUACAUAGCACAUAACGGGCCUUCAAUAAAUGUUUGUUGAAUGAA